GAAUACAAUCCGACAGUGCCUCACUGCUCUUUGGCGACCCUCAUAGGACUGUGUAUAAGGAUUAAGAUCCUGCGGUCGCUGCACCAUCCCGUGAAACUGGAUAUUUAUAUCAAAAAAGGCGCACAUACAACUGAAGAUGAAAUCAACAAACAGAUCAACGACAAGGAGCGUAUUGCGGCCGCAAUGGAGAAUCCAAAUUUAAGGAACCUUGUUGAGAACUGUAUCGCAGACGAAGAAUAGAAGUUUACUAGAAAAACUUUAGAGUAGUUACCAUGGCACCGGACGCAGCAUUCUCAAACCUCAGUGACAAGAACGAAUUUACUAAGUUCACUAGAUUCCUCGCCUAUAAAGGCGUUCAGGUCAUAGUAGAAUCUAGGAAAGGAGUAAAAAUUGAGCUGACCAGUAAGCCACUAACUUCGGACUCUGAUUGGUUCAAUCUCCAAAUACCAGACUCGCCAGAAGUCAACCAAGCUACGAAAAAUGCUCUGCCAUCUGACAGAGUACUGGAAACCAUACGAUCACAGUUGCAUGUUGAAAUAUCAGUGCAAACUGAAGAUGGUGAUGAAAUGGUACUGGAACUGUGGACUUUGGGACUUGAUGAGACACAAUUUGAUACUUCUCUCAAAGCAAUGAACACUGUUUAUUUCCGAAUGGGCAUACUUUUAAAGUCCUUAAUAACUAUCACAAGGAUAACGCCAGCCUAUCAUUUAUCACGAAAACAACGAAUGGAAUCUUUCACUAUAUUCUACAGGGUAUAUAAUGGAGAACCUAAAGUUAAAUCAUUAGGAGAUUCUGUGAAAAACAUCCAAGCUGGAACUCUUAAAACUCCUCUAGGAGGCCUAUGUUUUUCCGUUGCUUACAGAACCAACUUCUCAAUAUCACCCAAUCGAACAGAUAAGAGUAAGACCUUACUUUUAAAGAGUGAUCACUUUGAACUGAGUCCUAAGCACGUAAUAUUUGAGUGCAAAAAGAAAAAAGAACAGAAAGACAAAGAAUACAAGCCAUUAAAACAAGUGGACCUGAAUAAACCAUUACGGUUAGCUGCUUUUGUUGAUGAAGAAGUUAUUCAGAGAGCUAUAGAGGAGUUCUUUAAAAAGAUGCCUAUCCCCAGGUUUAGGCAGAGGGAGAGGCCCAGAGUCAAAACGCCCCCUAAAGUAUACCCCAUAGAAUCAAAGAGCACACAGGACUUGGACACAACUAUUCUCUCAAAGAGUCCAACAUCUUUUGAGAUGCCUCCUAGAAAAUUUGCCGGUUUCAGAAGCGAAACAGAGCCCCCAUUGAAAUUGCUUCAAUUUCCUUUCGCUGACAACCACCCCAUUAGAGAUUUAGCGGAGUUUUACAAAGAUUUCUUUAAUGCUCCUCACUUGAAGUUAGCUGAUGAGUUGGCCUCUAUUAAGAGCUCUGAAUCGGUUAAGGAAAAUAUUGAAACCAAUGAUGAUUUAUCUAAAGACUUGGAAUUGUAUGAGAGUUCCGUGCAAGAGUUUGACGAUCUUUUAGCUGAGAUGUGUCGUUCGGCAGAAUGGAGUGGGAACUAGGGAACAUUGGUGAUGGGAAAAGACUGAUAUUGAAUGGUUACUAUAAAGGUUUUAAUGUUAAGCCAGGUAUAAAUUACUUGAUGUGAAUAACAAGGUAGCAAAAAUAAUGAGUGUGUAACAGUUGCAGUCUGCUGUAAAGGUUAAAAUAUAUAUAAAAUUCAAGAACUGCAUUUGUUU